CGCGGAGCGCCGCCGAUGGCCAUUGGGCGCUGCGGCUCCGGAGGCGGGGCUUGGCCGUAUUUAAGAGCCGUCGACAAGCCCUCCUUCUCUGCUUCCGUCAUGGAUUCCUUAGCAUCACCGAGCCGCUGGGCACUUGCCUUUUCUCUGGCUGUUUUAGCUGUCGCGCUAGCAGCACCGGACGUGCCCAUGCCAGAAGAAGAAGAAGAUGAUGACUCGGUACUCUCCACGAACUGCACGCGGUGUACGCCGCACGAAGAGGCCCGUGAGCUGCGGAUCGAAGCCAUCAAGGCGCAGAUCCUCAGCAAGCUGGGCAUGAAGCGAGCCCCCAACGUGACACGCGCCGCUCUCCCGCACGUGCCGCCGUUGCACCGGCUCUUGGAUCGCUACGACGUGGGCAUGAUGCAGGCGGAUGCACCGGCCCAGGCAGCCUUCGAAGACGGUGCCGAGUUUGACGAGGACGAUUAUCAUGUGGCUGCUGAGAAUGUCAUCAGCUUUGGUCAGGAAGCUCCUCCUGAACUGGGGUUGCUCCCGGAAUGGAAGGCUCAGUAUUUCCGCUUCUCCGAAUCUGUUCUAAACCACAGAGUCAGCAAGGCGCAUCUCUGGUUGUACGUUUCUCCGAAUACGACGCAUUCGUCCGCGGUCUGGGUGACGCUCUACAAGGUGGCGCGGGGAUCUCUCGGGGAACUCCACCUACACAAGGUCCGGGCGAAAGAAGAGAAGGUUCAUCUUCGCCAGGGAUUCUGGGUACAAAUUGACGUGCAGAAGCUAGUAUCUCGUUGGUUCAGGCGUCCUGAAGAGAACCUCGGCAUCGUUGCGCACGCCUACGAUCAGGAUGGGAGGAGAAUACACAUUACCACGGACCCUCCACCACAGCAAGACGCCCUGCGUCCGUUCAUCGCGGUGGUGGUGGAGGCCCACACUCGCAGCCGCGCCCGUCGUAUGGUCGGCCUCAACUGCCAGGAGAACUCGAGUGAAGAACGUUGCUGUCGGUACCCUCUGACCGUGGACUUCGAGCAAUUUGGCUGGGAUUGGAUAAUCGCGCCAAAGCGCUACGAGGCCAAUUACUGUUCCGGUGAAUGCCCUUACGUCUUCCUACAGAAGUACCCACACACCCACCUCAUCCAGCAGGUGAACCUCUCUGGGUCUGCUGGACCGUGCUGUGCUCCGAGAAAGAUAUCCGCGAUCUCCAUGCUGUACUUCGACGACAAUCACAACAUCAUCUACGGCGUCUUGCCAGGGAUGAUCGUCGACCGCUGCGGUUGCUAUUGAGAAAGGACCUUGUGCGUUCUAGUGCAAAAAAAGAGACUUGUUUCUGUGCGUCCUGUGAGCACGUGGCCUUGUGAGACUUUGCGAAGGCGCCUCCAAAGAAGAACCGGCUGUGUGUUCGAUAGCAUCGCAUGACUUCGCGCCCAGCUUGUUGGAGCUUUCAACCAACCUCGUGUGAUAUUUGGUUGCCCAUAAAGUAUGGAAACGAGGAGGGCAAUCGAUGGAACGACCUCUUGGAACUCUGCUGUGGCUUUUGGGUGUCUGUUGCCUGUGGAGGUCUUGAACGGAAAAGGAAACCUCGCUGAAAAGUCGGUGGCGAAUAGUGAUCUAUUUAAUAGAUGGACACUCGUAGUACCUGCGCGAACAUUAAUGUUUGUACGUCCUUUCUUAAUUAUUAUUUUAUUGUGCCGCGAAAACAGCGGGAGUGUGUUUCUUGAUGUCCGUGUAUGUGUUGUAUCUGUUUUUGUGUGCGUGUAUACACGACUGAGAUCUGCAUCUUUCUUUUUUCCUGUUUUUUUUUUUUUUUUUUUUUUUGUGCAGUAGGAAUCUUAGAACAACGAGAGGAUGAAGUAACAGCGCGGUAGUUCCCGUAAGCGUUGUUCACUUCAAGAUGUCCUUGACAGUAAAUUAUGGGCCCUGGUGGUCGCUAUUGAAAACGCACACGCAUGCAAGCACAUUUUCGAACGCGCCUGCUUCCCGAGAAACAAACGUCUGCACCUGAGGAUAGCUUUCCCUGUUGGCGAGACCAAGUCUCUACUCCACAUUCAAGUUUUACUGUGUGCCAUCCAACCAUUGCCUUUCCUGAACAAACAUGCAACCAAGGUGCAGGUGAGCUGGUGCAGUGCGGUAACGGGUGGGAAGCACCCUCAUAGUGUAGCAGACAACAAAGUUGUGUGUGCACUGCUACGUUUGACCUUGUCUUUCCUCAGAAGACUUGUAGAAAAGUUACUGCUAAAUAUCUUCCUUUCCACCAAUUUCCACAUAUAGUGUCAAAAUACCCUAUACAACUGACCUGAUGACUGUUUGAAAAUGUGUGCACGUCAGCCAUGAACACAAUGUAAACGUUUCUAUAUUCACAAGGGUGCCACUUUCGUUUAUAUUAUCUGCCGAAGAAAGCAACGAGACACUGGUGUGGCAUAUUGGGGUUUUGUACCUUGCAAGAAAUCCUCAGUCAUAUCAUUAUGCUUGACACUGUGCUCCCCGUCCAGUGGUUUAUCCAGACACCAGACCCCCCCUCCCCCCCUUAUUUCUUUCCUGUGCGCCCUCUACAAGAUCCUCUACAAGAAGGUUAUUAUUUCAGACACAUGUUGGCAAUGAUGCAUCAAGCUGUUGCGAUUUAACUUUAAUAAUGACUCCCACCCCCAACUUUUUGAAAGCAUCCCCCCCCGCCCCCCAAGUGCUUGCUUCUGGAUGAACCAUUGACUUCAUCACUCCUGGUUGAAGAAUGUUCUUGUGGUCAUAUCUGCCUUUCUGUGCAUGUGAACAGAGCUAUGUAAUAGCAGCAAUUCUAGGAGGCUUGACGUUCGGUGAAUGACCCCUCUCGCUAACACAAGGAUUAUAUCUAUGUUACUGAAACUUCAGACGAAACAAAUCAAGCCGGGUUGUCAAGAGUGAAUCAUACCCCGAGUUACGCAGGGUUCAUCUUCAAGGUCGGGACGUGUUUUAAUGGUCCUUGUUCGUGAUACUGUAAGUUCUUGCAACAAGGCUUCUCCCUCGCGCCAAGCUUGAGGAGUAUGCAAAGUGGAUUUAGAUGAAAGUGACUUCCUCAGUCUUCAAAUCUGCUGUGUAGAUGUAUCUUUUCGCACUCCUUAAGCACCGACUUGUUACAUGUACGUAAUUAGUUCUCAUUUUGUGUCCUGUCUGUCUGUGAUGCAUUGUAUAUGUCGUAGUGACUCUUCCGUAUGCAGUACAACUGUUCUGUCUGCGUGAUAAAUGACGAGCUUCCUUAGAAAAAGGAAAAAAAAAAAAAGUACAGCGAGCACGCAGUAUUUUUCUACUUGAGUUCAAGUGCUUUGGUUUGUGCUCAGUGAGACAGCGGCGAUGCGGUUGCUGAAGUCGUUUCACUUUUUGGCAAAUGUACUGUGAUAUUCUCAAUAAAGAAGUCAUCCAAUCAU